UUCUAUUAAUCCUCAUGAAUAGUCUAACAAAAUAACAUCUGUUUUGCUUCAUAUGCUAUAAGCAGGAAUAUAAAUAUAUGAAUUAAAUGAGGAUAGAAUUAGCCCCUCUCUGUCUUCUCUGCACUGGGAGCAGCUUUCUUGCCACGGCCCCUCACCCCCUGAAAAUGUAUGCCUGCUCCAGGUUCCUCUCCACCCACUCCUUGGUCAGGAGCACCUCUCAUCUGCUGAGCCGACCACUGUCUGCAAUGGUUCUGAACCAACCAGAUACACUGACAUAUGAGAGCUUCAGCAGCUUGGCAGUCCUUUGUCCCCUGACCUCACUUAUCCCUCACCGCCGCUUCCAAACCAGCACCAUUUCAAGGGACAUUGACACAGCAGCCAAGUUCAUUGGGGCUGGGGCUUCCACAGUUGGGGUGGCUGGCUCUGGGGCUGGGAUUGGGACUGUAUUUGGAAGCCUUAUCAUUGGUUAUGCCAGGAACCCUUCUCUGAAGCAACAGCUCUUCUCCUACGCCAUUCUGGGCUUUGCCCUCUCAGAGGCCAUGGGGCUCUUUUGUCUGAUGGUGGCCUUUCUCAUCCUCUUCGCCAUGUGAAGGAGCAGUCUCCUCCUCGAAUUCUUUCUCCCAUGUCUUGUCUGCCCUGUAUGUCCCUUUUCCUAUACUACCUCAGGCAAUAUGGGGAAAGUGGUUGGCUCAGGGUUUGACAGAGGGAAGACAAAUAAAUACUGUAUUAAUAAGAAAAAAAAAGGAUAGAAUUAUAUCAUAGAUGUAGAUACCAAGGCACUAAGAAACUUCUAGACUUUUAAAGGAAAACAUGGUAGUUGUGAUUGGGGAUAAAGAGUUGAUAAAAUGUUUGGAUAGGGCUGAGGAUGUAACUCAGUAAUAGAGUUCUUGCCUAGCAUGGGUGAGGCCCUGGUUUAAAUCCACAACACUACAGGAAAAAAAAAAAAUGUUUGGGUAAAAAUAAUCCCACUUUGGUAUUUAGAUUCUUAGGAAGUUAUACCAUAUAUGGAAUGAACAUUAUUCAGAACAAUGAAAAUUGCAAUGUGUUCCCCUUACUUUUGUGUAUUUUUUUCCUUCCAUGCUAUGCUAAAAAUGAGAAAACAAAUUUGAAACUAUCCUUGACUUUUCAGAACCUAUCAUGGUAAUUACUUCCCUUUUAGCUUAAAAUCAGUAUUGGGGUAGGUAGGACAGGCUUUAAGGAUACACACACAUACACCACAACCCCCACCCCCCACCCCAGGGUACAAAUUAUUUUUUUAAACUAUUUUCAAGGCAACUUAUUUCUGGUGUUUAGUAAUAAAUUGUUCACAUUUUUAAAAAAUGCCACAGAAAAGUCAGGUUUAAACAGCAUGCAGUAAGAAAAACUAAAGAAUAUGCAAUUUUAAAAUCUUAUGCUAGAGAAUACUAGAAAGUAGAAUUGUAUUUAUGAAAUCAGCAAUUCCCCUGAAAAUUGAAAUUGCAUAAGUUUAGGUUGGCCAUUAGAAUUGAUUGUAUUGUAGGUAGGGGAUACAGACAGAAUAUUUUUAAGAAUAAAGGUACAUAAUGUUCUGCCUUGAUUUCACUUAGUCCUUCCUGAAAGUGUAACCAUGACCCUUUGAGAAACCUUUCAGGUCUUAUUUUUCUAUGAGUAAAUUUGAAAUAUUUCAGAUGGCAUGCUUGAUAAGAAACUUAAUGAAGAUUUAUUGUACCAAGGACAUAUAAUUUAUUUCUACAUUCUACUUUCUUCUAACUUGAUGGCAUUAUAUAGUACUUAGCAUACCUCUAUGUAGUAUAAAACAUUCCAUGUAUAUACUCCAUGUAGUAUAAAACACUUAGUAUAACAUAUAAGGAAAAGUUGUUCCUCUAGAAAAAAAUGACUACAGAAAAUAUAAGCAUAAACAUACAGAAGCAAAGGAAUUCAUUUCUUUAGCUUUACCCUAAUCCCAUUUCUUCUGUCAUAACCAGUUUUAUUCACUUCUUGAACACAGCGUUAUAAUGUGUACAAGAUUUUAAAACUGCAUUUUUUUACCCUUUUAUAUAUCUGACUUAUAAAAGUGAUUUUCAUGUGACAUUUAAAAUUUUUUAAACAUUAGAGCAGGCCUCUAGUAAUCAGGGAAGUAUUUUUUUGUGUUUCACUUUAUUUAUUUAAUUUAGAGAAUCCAGAUGACUAUUUUUAAUGAAAAAGUAAACAUCUGGUAUUACAAGUUAGGAAGAGUGAAAUAGCCAAGUACCACUCUAUGCCAUAUUCAAUAAAGUAAGCAGAGACUAUUUUAUUAAAAGUAUACCUAAGAUAGCUUGCUUGAUUUUCUUAAGAGUACUUUGUACCUUAUCUUAACAUAUAGUGAAUUUAUUUUUAGGUAAGAAUACACUUUGGCAAAUAUAUGCUUAGAAAUUUGGAGGAGCAUAAUAAUAGCAUACAAGAUUUAUAAUUCAUUUUGUAAUUCAAGUCUAUACUGUCCUACACUCUGUGAUCUUGGGCAAGUUACUUAAAUAUAACCUUUCUUAACUUUAAAGUGUAAAUGAAUCAGAAUUGUGUUUGUCUCAAGAACCUAAAAACUCAAUUGGCAAGGUCUAAGAAGUUAGUAUAGAUUAAUUAAUCCACUCUUUCAUAUUAAGAAAUUUGGAGAUAGGAAGCUGUUCAGAAUUAUCUAAUUCAUCAGGGAAUGCUAGUUCUUCUAUCUGAUAUCUGGAACAUAACCAUUUCUCAUCAGUCUAGUGACUGCUGGUCCAAAGGUCUUAAUUAAAUACAGUAGUUUCCUAAUUGGUCUCGUCACUUUCAUCUUUGGCAGUUCUACUUUUUUUUUCUUUUCUUUUUUUUUCAAAUAUAGCAGCUAGCAUAAUCCUUUAACAACAUAAAUCAGAUCAUAUUAAUAUCUGAUUUCAAUCAAUAUAAGUCAAAGUCCUUAUAACAGACUCCCAAGUUUUCCUGACCUGUAUUUCCCACUCUGUUAUCUAUUUGAGCUCAUAUUUUCCUUGAUCACUCACUAUGCUCUGGGCCACACUGAUCUUUUUGCACUCCAGGGAUUUUCCUACUUCAAGUCUUUGUACUCACUCUGCCUAGAAUGCUUUUGUUCUUUAGGCAUCUGCAUGCUGACUCCCAUCCCUUCUUCAGUUGUAAAUGUCUCCUUGAAGUCUGUUCUGAUCUUCAGCUUCAUUCUGACCUAUUUAAAUUGCAACCACCAUGUCUUACACCUUUGGUUCUGUGUACCCUGUUUUACCCUUUCUUUUUUAUAGCACUUGCUACCUUUUCAAAUCCUACAUAAUUUAUGUUUGUUAUAUUUAUAGUUUGUCUUUUUCUAAACUCUUAAGCUCCACUGGGGAAAACAUCUCAGUGUGUCUUGUUGAAUGAUGUAUUGCAGGUACCCAGAACAAUACCUAACAUAUAGUAAGUGCUCUGUAAAUAUUUGUCGAAUGAACAAAUGAAUGUCAUUCAAGACCCAAACUCUUUCUGCCUUUCUAUUUUCAUCAUUAGCACUUCUCUUCUUCUUUUUUUUUUUUUUCUUUUCUUUUCAUUCUGUUUUUUGGUUUUGGUUUUGGGGAGGGGAAUGCUAGGGAUUGAACUCAAGGCUUCUCUUCAUCCUUUUUUUAUAUUUUUAUAUUUAUAGCUUUCUCUGAUAUUAUUUCUGAAUUGGUGUAUAUGUAUGAAUGCUCAUUGUUUUAAAAUCCAGUUUACACUUCUGUUCUCAAUUAUAACAUGAUAUAAGCUAUACAUAUAUUUUUAGUUAGUUGCUCUUUCCUUAAAAAAGAAGGAAAAAAUUUACUGUUAUUUUCUAGAAUAUAAUUUUCCAAAACUGAUUCCUCAGAAAGCUAAUAAGUGGUAGGAUGAAAAAUGGGAUCUAUAGUCAAUAGAGUUUUAUUAACACAGGAUUUAACAGUUAUACCAGGUUUAUUUCCUAUUGGACUUAUAGCACCAACUUGAUACCAGUCAAUAUGAAUCUUAAAGAAAGGUGUAUGUAUGUAUUAUAUUUCAAACAUUUUUAGAAUUAAUCUUUUUGAUGGAGUAUUUCAUGGGACUAGUAAUCACUUUGGAAAACUGUUUCAGAAUAUAGGUAGUAUUAGAUAUUUUCAUUUAGGGUGAAAUGUUGAAGUGUUCUUAAAGAUUAAUUAUCAGAUGUUUUGUCUUCCUUUCUGCUUGUUCAUUUUACAAAUAUGUUAUUGCCUGUUAUUUGCCAGCACUAAACUGAACAACUUAUGCAAACUGCCUUUAGGUAAUACAUAGUACAAACAAUUACAAUAAUUUCUUUAAUAGAGUUGGGGGAAUUUUAUUAUUAAAAUUAUAAAUCAAAUUCUAGUGGGAUUAUACCAACUUAUUUUAAACUUUAAAGUUAAUGUUCUCACUGCAUUUUUCUUUUGGCUCUAUUAUAUAAGCAAUAAAACUUUUUAAACCACAUAUCUACUAAAUGAUCUGUUUCUAGCAUAAUAACUUCUUCUGUGAACUACUAAUUUAUAAUGAAGCUUAAUAUAGUAUAUGAUUUACAUAAAUGUGUAAAGACAGAUUAACAUUUAAACAUUGAUAAAAUAGUUACGAUUAUUGUAUAGAGUUUGGCUGUGGAGAAAGAGACUAAACAAGAAUUAUAGGUAUGUGUUACUGCACCCAGAGCUAACAGUGAUUUUGAUAAUAAUGUUUCUCUAUUGCUUUUUCACUUCUAAUUUAUAUAUCAUAUUUACAGAAGUAUCAAAAACUUAAAAAUACAAUUAUUGAAGAAACUUUAGUUGUGUGCCAGAGUUGAUUGUGUAAUUUAAAUCUGUUAACAAGCAAAACAUUGGUAGAAUGUUUUGAAUUUUGGUAAUGAUAGCAAUUACUCUUGUUAAGUUUUAAAAAAAAUGUGUGUGUGUCUCAUAUAUGUAAAAUAUAGAAAUAUGUAUCUUAGGACUCUAAAAUUGUAACUGGAAACAAUAUUAACUAUAUCUAAAUAUGAAAUUAUUAAACUCAUAUAACCCUUUAAAUUCUAAUACUUUAUAGUAAGAAGUUUGAUAAAUGAUUUAACCACUUCCCACUUUUAUCCUUACCCUCUGCCAUUUCUUACUUAAUUAUGAAAAAGGUAUUAUAUCAAUUUUUAAAAGAUUAACAAAAAGCUUUUUAAUUAGUAGAAUGUUAUAAAAUUCUAAUUAAUUAUAGUGAGAGUAGACUAAUAAGGGGCAGACUGAGGACACCUUUUUACUGCAUUUAAAAAUUUUUAUUUUGUUGAAAUACAAUUUAAAAUACUAAUAAAGGGAGAAAUUUUAUUCUUAA